AUGGUGAUGGAACUGAGCUCUCCCAACAUCACAGUGGUGACUGAGUUCAUCUUAGUAAGCUUCCAACUUUCAAAGACCAUGGAAUGCUUCUUGUUUUGGGUCUUCCUGUUGGUUUUUCUGCUCACGUUAACUGGGAACCUCGCCAUCGUUGCCCUGGUAUGCGUGGACCAACGCCUCCAAACUCCUAUGUACUUCUUCCUCUGCAACUUGUCUCUUCUGGAGACUCUCUUUGUCUUGACAAUCUGCCCAAAGAUGCUCGUAACCUUGAUUUCUCUGAACAAAACUAUUUCUUUCAGGGAAUGUAUUGCCCAAUGUUAUUUCUACUUCUCCCUGGGUACCUGUGAGUGCAUACUUAUUGCUGUGAUGGCCUUUGAUCGCUAUGCUGCUAUCUGUUACCCACUCCGCUAUACCAUCAUCAUGAACAAACAUUUCUGUGUCUUCUUGGCCCUGGGCUGCUGGACUGGGGGGUUCCUUCUCCUUCUCGUUCCAGUGCCCUUCCUUCUCCAUCUGUCUUUCUGUGGCUCUAAUCUCAUUGACCAUUUUUUCUGUGACUAUGCCCCAAUUAUAAAGCUUUCUUGCAGCAAGAGUGUGCCUUUCCUCUUGAACUUUGAGACAGCUGUCUCCUUAGCAGUGAUGCUCACCACCUUAUCUAUCAAUGGGGUCUCAUACGUCUAUAUUAUUUCUGCCGUCCUAAGGAUGCACUCCACCAAAGGCCAGAAGAAGACCUUUUCCACCUGUGCUUCUCAUCUUACAGUAGCUAGCAUUUUCUAUGGCAGUUCCAUCUUCAUGUAUUCCUUACCCACCAAAGGACGUUCACAGGGUGUCCAAAAAGCCGCUGCACUUCUGACUGCAGUUAUUACUCCAUUAUUGAAUCCUUUUAUUUAUACUUUGAGAAACCAGAAGGUCAAAGAGGUCUUAAAAGACUGUCUAAAGACUGUCAUUUCCACACUGAGAAGAAUAGUACCAAUUUCCCUGCUCUGA